GCUCAGGUUCCAAUGAUGUCCCCAAAUGGUUCAGUGCCUACUAUUUAUGUGCCUCCUGGAUAUGCCCCACAGGUUAUUGAGGAUAACGGUGUUCGAAGGGUUGUGGUGGUUCCCCAGGCUCCAGAAUUUCAUCCUGGUGGUCACGCAGUGAUACACAGGCCUCCACAUCCCCCACUGCCUGGCUUCCUUCCUCUUCCAGCCAUGAUACCCCCUCCACCACGUCAUAUAUACUCACCUGUGACCGGAGCUGGUGAAAUGGCAACACAGUACAUUCCACAGUAUCACACCUCGCAAGUGUACGGGGAUCUGGAUACUCUGCCUGCUCAUGGAAGAUCCAACUUCAGAGACGAAAGGUCUAGUAAAACAUACGAAAGGUUACAAAAAAAAUUAAAAGAUCGACAUGGAACUCAGAAGGAUAAGUUAAACAGUCCUCCAUCAUCUCCUCAGAAAUGUCCUUCUCCUACCAGUGAACACAAUGGACUUACAAAAGGGCAGGAUGCAGCUGGUAUAAGCACAAGUUCUACCAAAAGCAAGUCUUUGGGUAAAGGAAAAAGCAAUUCUCAGACAGGCACAGAAGUAGAAGAAAAGGAUGAAGAAACAAAAGCACUUGAAGCACUUCUUUCUAAUAUAGCCAAGCCGGUGGUAUCAGACAUUCAGGCAAGAACAGCACUGCUUAUGUGGUCACCUCCAUCCAGUGAUACCAGAGAAGACACUGACAAGAAUGACGUACCAGAGGUUUAUACUUAUGAAGUGAUGAUUUCAAGUACCGGAAAGGAUGGAAAGUACAAAACUGUAUAUGUUGGAGAAGAGAAUAAAGUUACUGUAAAUGAUCUCAGGCCAGCAACUGAUUACCAUGCAAAAGUCCAAGUAGAAAGCAACUGUGUAAAGGGGAGCCCUUCAGAGGCAGAGAGUUUUACCACAGCAAGUUGUGAGCCUGAUACUCCAAAUCUGCCCAGGAUAACUAAUCGGACCAAAAAUUCUCUUACUCUGCAGUGGAAGGCAUCUUGUGAUAAUGGCUCUAAAAUCCACAGUUACCUUUUAGAAUGGGAUGAAGGAAAAGGAAACGGAGAGUUUUGCCAGUGUUAUUAUGGCCAACAGAAGCAGUAUAGAAUUACUAAACUAUCACCAGCAAUGGGGUACACCUUUAGGCUAGCAGCCAAAAAUGACGUGGGAAUGAGUGGUUUUAGUGAAGAAGUCCUGUAUCAUACCUCAGGCACUGCCCCAACCACACCAGCAAGUCCUUUGCUGAUUAAUGCUGGAGUUACUUGGCUAUCCCUACAGUGGACAAAACCCUCAGGAACACCGUCAGAUGAAGGAAUCUCAUAUAUAUUAGAGAUGGAGGAUGAGAACUCAGGAUAUGGUUUCAAGCCAAAAUAUGAUGGUGACGAUCUUACCUACACAGUGAAGAAUUUGAGGCGUAGUACAAAAUACAAAUUUAGGGUCAUUGCCUAUAACUCAGAAGGGAAAAGCAGUCCAAGUGAGACAGUGGAGUACAUUACGUGUGCAGACAAGCCUGGGGUACCUUCAAAACCCUCAGUGAAAGGAAAAAUUCAUGCACAGAGUUUUAAAAUAAUCUGGGAUCCACCAAAAGACAAUGGAGGAGCAGCAAUAAAUACAUAUGUUGUAGAGAUGUCUGAAGGCUUAAAUGGAAACAAGUGGGACACAAUAUACAGUGGAGCUGCUAGGGAGCAUGUGUGUGACCGACUAAAUCCUGGCUGUUCCUAUCGGUUACGUGUAUAUUGCGUUGGGGAAGGAGGACAAAGCACGGCAUCUGAUCCUUUACUGGUGCAGACACCAGCAGUGGUUCCUGGCCCAUGCCAGCCUCCAAGGCUACAGGGUAGACCAAGAGCAAGAGAAAUUCAGCUGCGCUGGGGACCACCUCAGGUAGAUGGUGGUUCACCCAUUACCUGCUAUGGUCUGGAAAUGUGUCAGACAGACACGGAUGAACACAGAGAGGUUUACCAAGGCUCUGAUGUCGAAUGCACAGUAGGCAGCCUUCUUCCAGGGAGGACAUACAACUUCAGACUGCGAGCAGCUAACAAGGCUGGGUUUGGACUUUACUCGGAAAAAUGUGAAAUAACUACAGCACCUGGACCACCAGAUCAGUGCAAGCCCCCUCAAGUGGCAUGCAGAUCUGCUGCAUGUGCUCAGGUGUCGUGGGAGGUUCCAGUGAGUAAUGGAGCUGAUGUCACGGAGUAUCGCCUGGAGUGGGGCGGCGUGGAAGGAUGCAUGCAGAUGUCCUAUUGUGGGCCUGGGCUCAGCUGUGAAAUGAAAGGGCUUUUGCCUGCCACUAUUUAUUAUUGCAGGGUUCAGGCAGUGAAUGUCGCAGGUGCAGGCCCUUUCAGUGAAGUAGUGGCAUGUAUGACUCCAGCCUCGGUACCUGCAGUUGUGACUUGUCUUCGGGGACUAAGUGAAGAUGAAGUUGAAAGUCUGCACUAUUCUCCUUCCACAUGCCUUGCUAUAAGCUGGGAAAAACCUUGUGACCAUGGAUCUGAAAUCCUUGGCUACAGCAUAGACUUUGGAGAUAAGCAGCCAAUAACUGUUGGGAAGGUUCUGAACUAUUUUAUAGACGGCUUACAGCCAGAUACUACCUACAGAGUACGAAUUCAAGCCCUGAACAGUCUCGGAGCAGGUCCUUUCAGCCACACCAUAAAACUGAAAACGAAGCCUCUUCCCCCAGAUCCACCUCGCCUGGAAUGUGCUGCAUACAGUUCUCAGACUCUCAAGCUGAAGUGGGGAGAGGGAACUGCAAAAGCACUAACUGACUCCAUUCAGUACCACCUUCAAAUGGAGGAUAAGAACGGAAGGUUUGUAUCCUUAUACAGAGGACCAUGUCAUACAUACAAAGUACAAAGGCUCAGUGAGUCAACAUCAUACAAAUUUUGUAUUCAGGCGUGUAACGAAGCUGGUGAAGGUCCCCUUUCUCAAGAAUAUGUUUUCACUACUCCCAAAUCUGUUCCAGCUGCCUUGAAAGCACCAAGGAUAGAGAGGAUAAAUGAUCACACUUGUGAGAUCACGUGGGAGAUUCUGCAGCCCAUGAAGGGUGAUCCUGUUAUCUACUGUCUUCAGGUCAUGGCGGGAAAAGACUCAGAAUUCAAACAGAUUUAUAAGGGUCCAGACUGGUCGUUCCGAUACACAGGCCUCCAGCUGAACUGUGAAUACCGUUUCCGCGCGUGUGCCAUUCGCCAGUGCCAAGAGACAGUAGGUCACCAGGACCUGAUAGGCCCCUACAGUGCCCCAGUGCUAUUCAUCUCUCAGAGGACUGAACCACCGGCAAGCACCAACAAGGACGCUGUGCAAACCACAAGGACACAAUGGUCACAGAGCGACCAAGUGUGCGCUGCUGUCAUCCUUGCACUUUUUGCUAUCUUUUCCAUUCUGAUUGCUGUUAUAAUUCAGUACUUUGUAAUAAAGUGAAGAGAGGUUUAUUUUAGAACGCUCCCCAUUACAUUUUACUUUCUCAUAAUCUAAAAGUAAUUCUGUUCUCUUGCUUUAAAAAAAAAAACAACAGGCAUUUAGCACCGGCAUUGGGACUGAUGCAAACCUUUUCGGCCACUUUAAAAUGCUUACCGGUAGGUAUAGGCUGACACAUGUUAUUAGAAUGCAAGCCACAGAAAUACAAUCUUUUCUUUAAUAUGCCUUCUUGCAGUACAAACUCUAUAUGGGGCAGGCAAGGUGUGUUUAAUGACAAGGGUUUGAGCAGUA